UUCAUAUCGUUUCUAAGUAACGAUGUUCCACAUAGUUUAAAGUUAAUCUAUUCUAUAUCGUUUCUAAGUAACGAUGUUCCACAUAGUUUAAAGUUAAUCUAUUCCAUAUCGUUUCUAAGUAACGAUGUUCCACAUAGUUUAAAGUUAAUCUAUUCCAUAUCGUUUCUUAGUAACGAUGUUCCACAUAGUUUAUAUUUCUUGGUAACAGUGUUCUACAUAGUCUAUCGUUAUCUUGUUUUGUAUAGUAUAGCUUAUCGCUCUAAUGUUCUACAUAGUCUAUCGUUAUCUUGUUUUGUACAGUAUAGUUUAUCGUUCUAA